AGCCCCGCCCUUCCUAUUGAACGUCCGUCUGUUUUGUAAACGAUCGAACCUCAAAGCGAAAGUUGAAAGGUUUUAUUGAUGAAGACUGCAGUCAGCAUUCGCAAAUAAUUUAUCGUCCGACAACAUUCUAGCAGCAUUCAGAUAUGACACCAAAGCGUGGCCUCAUAACCGACACCUUCAAGGUUGUAAAGAAGACAAGGAGAGGGGGCAAGAGAGACAAGUCUCCUUCACCGCCAAUAGCAGAGCCUGAGCCCCCACAACUGAGUGAAAGAGAAAAAGAUCUUCAAGAACUGAAGAAAUUUGAUCUGGACUGGAAAUUCGGACCAUGUACAGGGAUCAGUCGACUGCAGAGAUGGGAGAGGGCAGCACUGCAUGGGCUGAAUCCCCAGCAGGAGAUUAAAGACAUUUUACUAAAGGAGAGCACUGACCCAGAGCACACACAGAAUCUCUGGUGUGACUAUCCCCUCUGAAAAACUGAUGGAGAAAAGACAGAAAGAUGAGAACAGAAGAAAUACUUUUGUAGUGUUUGAUAUGUUCUACUAUGUUUGCUUUGUUGUUUAUUACACUACAUUUUAUUAAACAUUUU